AUGGCAUUGAGAGCUGCAUUGAGGAGCAAGUGCGGCUUGUCCGCUCUUCUUUCCCAGCGGUCUUCCUGCAGCAGUCAUGGCAGAGUAUGUGUGUCUCCUGUUCUCGUCGCUCAGCGGAGGAACAACUCCACCUCUCCUAAGAUAGAAGUGGAUUUUGACCAAAGCACGGGUGUGGCUGUGAUGCGCAUGCAGAGUCCCCCGGUCAACAGCCUCAGUUUAGAUUUCCUCACGGAGUUCUGCAUCGGUGUAGAGAAGCUGGAGAUGGACAAAAAGUGCCGAGGCCUCAUCCUCACCUCGAGCCAGCCCAAGGUGUUCUCAGCCGGGCUGGACAUCAUGGAGAUGUACGGGAAUAGUCCAGAGCGCUGUGGAGAGUUCUGGAGAGCCGUUCAGGAGAUGUGGCUGAAGCUCUACAGCUCCAACAUGGUCACUAUAGCUGCAAUCAAUGGUUCCAGUCCUGCAGGGGGCUGUCUUAUGUCUCUUACGUGUGACUACAGGAUAAUGGCGGACAGCCCACGUUACAGCAUCGGCCUUAAUGAGACGCAGCUGGGCAUCGUAGCGCCGUUUUGGUUUAAGGACACCAUGACGAACACAGUGGGCCACCGAAACACAGAGUUGGCUCUGCAGUUGGGGCUGCUCUACAACCCGUCUGAGGCCCUGAAGAUAGGAAUGGUGGACCAGGUGGUACCUGAAGACCAGGUCCUCACCACAGCCCAGCAGGCCAUGACCAAGUGGUUGGCUAUUCCAGACCACGCCAGACAGAUCACCAAGUCCAUGAUGAGGAAGCCAACCAUCGACAAGCUAACAUCCAACAGGGAGGAUGACAUCAAAUACUUCGUCCAGUUCAUCACCAAGGACUCCAUUCAGAAGUCGCUCGGCAUGUAUAUGGAGAUGCUUAAAAAGAGAAGGGGGUAGAGGACAGAGGGAAACAUAGAAAAUGACACACAUAUACACGCAUCCAGGGGGAGUUUGUGAGGUUAGUUGAAAAUCAGCUGUCAGUGUCAUGUAUUUAUUGGUGUCAACUGCGCUAAGAUCCUUGAAUACCAGCUCAUCUUCAUACAGUGUUCAACCAGGAAGUUCGGCAGAGAGAUACCCAGGAUUGUCACCAAUGAUUCAGUGACAAAUAAAUGUUUUCUAUCCAAAUUUCUACGUACUUCAGUUAAAGUAACGAUAAAUGAAUUACAAUGUACUUUCAAACCGUCCGCUCAAUCUUAGAAUAUUUUUUGUAAACUAAGGACAUGCUUACAUUUGACAUUUACGUUUAAAGAUCACUGGGGGUGCGUCAGGACUUGUCUGCUCUGAGGAUGUCAAACUUAGGUUUGCUCAUGUCAGAAUAACUAAAAUCAGAAUAACACAAUUGCUGGAUAAUUUAUACAAAAGUCUGUAUAUAAAACUAUUUAAAAAGAUAUACAUUUUUUGCUACUUAAAGGCAAAAUCUAACAAAAUAUUCUGCUGCAGUCCAUAUUUGUUGGCAUUUAGCCUUUCAAAAACAAAAUUUUUACUGUGGUCAAAAAAACAAUUUCCCCCCCGCUUGACACAUUCAAAGGAGGCCCACAACUUUAUUAACGGGGCGGUCUAGCAGCAAUCAAACAACACCAUAAAUUACAUUUAUUUUUUUAACCACAAUAACAAAAAAAUGAUUUACACACUAACAUUAUUAUAGAAAAUUAAUGAAGUCGUUACAAAAAGAUCAUAUUAUGUAUCUGUAUUCACUUCAUCACUAUAUGUUGACAAAACUGACACGUUCUAUUAAUUAAAGAAAGUUGAUUUAAUAAAAAACAGUAACUCAUUUAAUUCACUUUACAUUCAUUAUACUUCUCAGCUCAUGUGUUCUUGGUUUUGGAAAAGCUUGGGGGAGGGGUUUAGUGAACAGUCAGUUAUUGCCACAGACAGGUCUCCAACAAGUGCCUAGCUUUACUGUACCUUCAAGAACCAUAACAACUAAUGGAAGUGUCCUUGGGUGCAUUUGAACAGCCCACAGUGGGCAAAGCCUUUUGUGAUCUCUGAAUAAAUGGGUGUAUUUAUGUGGUCAGACGAUUUAUUUGUGUGAUUAAAGAAUGAGUUGAAAGUGUCAAAA